AUGGGCAAAACUGAAGAUGAAACCCCUGUAAUCCAAACUGCAAGCCGUAUAAUUGGCGCGGGCAUUGUCCCUGCAGCGCCGUUCUGGCAGGUCGACGGUGGAAGUCUUGCCUUUUUCGGGGCAAAAACGGGGGCCAUCGCCACUAUCGGCUCGGUGGAGAUCAGCCGGACUGAUAGACGCGGUCGUCAAACCGACAAUGCCGUGAUAAGCAUCCAGCCCGACCUGGACGAUGUAAUCAUGACUCUGGCCCAUCGGCAGCCACACGGUUGGGUCCGCGCAGCCGAUCCCAUGAUCGGAGCCAACCCUACUUCCUGCCCAACUCUCCUCUCUUCCGACAAAGACUUGUCUUUUGUCUUGAUAACCGUCACCAUGACAUCUGUGCUCAAGAACUACUUCGGCCUGGGCAAGGUCACCGCCACCGAAGUCUCGGCCGAUGACGACAGCAACGCGAUUCGUGCCCUGCCUGCCUCCUGGUACACCUCCCAGGAGAUGUACGAGCUCGAGCGCCGAGCCAUCUUCUCGAAGAAGUGGCUGCUCACCACCCACAAGCUGCGCCUGCCCAACACCGGUGACUGGCUCAGGUACAACAUUGCCAACUACGCCUUUAUCCUGGUGCGCGAUCGCGAGGGCAACAUCAACGCCUUCCACAACGUCUGCCGCCACCGGGCCUUUCCCGUCGUGACCGAGGAGGGCGGCACGGCGCGCAUCUUCUCCUGCAAGUACCACGGCUGGUCCUAUGGCCUCAACGGCAAGCUGGCCAAGGCACCCGGCUACCAAGAGCUGGAGGGCUUCGACAAGAGCCAGAACGGCCUGCUGCCCAUCCACGUGCACGUCGACACCAACGGUUUCAUCUGGGUGAACCUGGACGGCGGCGACAAGCCUGAGAUCUCGUGGGAAGAGGACUUCCAGGGUAUCGACCUGCAGCCCCGCCUGAAGGAGUUCAACUUUGAGGACUACCAUUUCGACCACCACUGGGAGAUGGAGGGCGCCUACAACUGGAAGAUCCUGGCCGACAACUACAACGAAUGCUACCACUGCGCCACGACGCACCCCGACAUCCCCUCCAUCGCCGAUCUCAGCACCUACGCUGUCGACACCAAAGACAAUAGCAUCGUACACUAUGCCAACUCCAAGCCGGAGCAGAUCGCCGCCGGGCUGAAGAUUGCUAGCACCUACUACUUCCCCAACGCCUCCAUGACCGUCUCCCCUCACUUCUUCUUCAUGCAGCGCUUCGUGCCCAGCAGCCCCACCACCUGCGAGAUGCGAUAUGAAGUCUACCGCAACAAGAGCUCCAGCGACGAGGACUUCGACCGCAUCAAUCAGAUCUACAAGCGGGUGAUGUCCGAGGACAAGUACCUCUGCAUCGAGGCUCAGAAGAACAUCAACACCGGCGUCUUCAUCAACGGCGAGCUGCACCCCCGGUUGGAGAAGGGACCCUUGUUCUUCCAGGCGGCGGUGCGCGAGAUCGUGCAGGCUCACCACAAGCGCGAGGAACUGGUGGGACAGGAAAUCUGGCCGGCUCGCCAAACGUUACCCGGAAAGGCACAGGUCAGUCGCGAAGACGAGGAUUUCGCCGCGAAGGUGGCCCGCACGAGUCAGGCCAACAAGGAGAGCUGCGACUCGAUGGCGCGCGAGGCCGACGGCUGCUGCGGUGGAGUCUGCAGUCAGACGCCGAACGCAGCGCUGGCCUACUAA